AUGCAGCGACUGUGUGUGUGCGCGCUCCUCUUGGCCCUGGCUCUGGCCACCUUCUCCGAAGCUUCUUGGAAGCCUGGCUCCCAGCUGCAGGACGUACGGUCUGGUCCAGGGGUCCAUCGGGGCCUGGGUCCACAUUCACCCGACCGGCUGGGCCCAGCCUCUCGCCACCAAAGGCAGCUGAGAUUCCAGGGCCCCCCAGACCUGGUGGCAGACCUAUCCAAGAAGCAGGGGCCGUGGCUGGAGGAAGAAGAAGCAUAUGGAUGGAUGGACUUUGGCCGCCGCAGUGCUGAGGAUGGAGACCAGCAUCCCUAG